AUGCUGUUUCCCAUUGUUGGAGAGCUUCUCCCUCUGUCGCUGGGAAUCGUUUCGUCGGUCCUAUCCGCCGCAGCCGCCGAAUCAUUUCCGUCACCCGAGCCAAUUGAAGUCGUCCAACUGCCACUACCACCAGUCGUGCCCACAGACGAUGUCGGUGCUUGUACCCGCCGAGUUAACCCUCAUGGCACUGGAUGCAUGGGGAAAACAUCUCUCAUGCAAGGGGGCAACUUCUCCCCGGACGGAAAUUACGUCUGGGCCAGCCUUAAUUUCACCGGUGCCCCAGCCGCACCAGACCCAGCAAGCAUCUAUACGGGAGUCCAAUUGAUCAUGGUCAGCACGAAUGGGACCAACUUCUCCACUGGCGACCCAUGGAAGUGUGUGACUUGCGGUGUACCGGAAAACAACAAAGUGGGCAGCACAUCCUUGAGCGAUUACCCCCAGACUUUUGCCGACGGUCGACGCGCAAUGGCUGGAACCAACAUCAUCGAAUGUCGAGCGGGUCAAUUGGCAAGUGAUGAGUGCACUCCGGACCAAAUCUAUAUCUAUCCCAUUCGAAUGAGCAACAAGGCCGAUGAUUCCGGGUCGGGAGCCAGCAUCCGCGAGCUACGCUUGCACCCCGAUAACGUCCACCUGGGUUUCAACUCAUACAGCACCACCUCAUCUGGUCAGCUGAAUGAGAAUGGAUAUUUCGGCCGACUGCACUUCAACGAAUCCCCAACUACAGGGUCUCCUCGCAGUGCUCGAUAUGACGUCGUGAAUGUGACUGUCCUCGUUUCCCCGAACGGACUACAACCGUACAGCGUCACAGGCGAUCGACUUUACGUUAACCGGGAGGCCAUAACCGUGGGAGAGUUCCGAGGAUUCACUGGCCGCGGUAACGAAGUCCUGUAUAUAGGUAGUCCUUGGGAAUCCUGCAAUGUCGAUCUAUUUGCCGUUGAUUUGGCUACUGGUCGCGUCCGCCGUGUCACCACGCACCCUGGCUACGUUGACCCUGUGGGUGAUUCUCCGGAUGGCCGAUGGCAGGUCAUCUUGGACACCCGUGGCACGGACCGCAUGGAAUUUUUGUCGGGGAUGCGUGGCAUUCCUCCUGUGACGGACCUGAUUACAAUCGCUACGGUUUCUUCUGUGCGUAAUAAUGGGGUUCGACGCUACUUCCAACCUUGGCUGCUGGACGCUCAGGGUGACCACGAUCCCAAUUACUACGGCCAACAGGUCAAUGCUGAUGGGAACGGACAGCCUGGCAGCGUUAAUGACCCCAACUGGAAUGCUGGAGCAGAUCCACGGUGGUCUCCUGAUGGAACUCGGAUCAUGUACUGGCAGAAGAUGGUCAUACCUCCUGCUUGUGGCGGUACCAACCCGCUACCAUGCCCCAUAUCCACUGAGCCCGGUGGCCGAACCACGCGUUUGAUGAUGGCCCGACUCACCAGUCGGCAGCCUUACCAUACUGACACUGUGCAUCCGGUUUCCGAUACCGUACCAUGGGGACUGCCGUAUACCCCAGGCAACACCAGCAUUCCCGAGGUCUUGAAUGUGCCCCCGGGCAACUUUACGCUCCAUGGACUCCACUCGGGGUUGGCCCAUGUUGUUCUCCAAAAGAGCGAGGCCACUUCCGCUAUCAACUUUAUUUCGGCCACCUACCAUAACUACUCUGAUGAUGGCCUUCAUUACAUAAAUGGAUAUGAGUCGGUGGCCGCCACUACGUUGUCAUAUUCAUCUACCCGCCUCGACUGGCAUUCCAACCUUACCGGAAAUGGAGUUUCGUCUAGUACGAAGAUAACCAGCCCUGAUGGAUUUCAUGUAGUUGACGAUGCCAUGACUAAUAUCUUCCACGCCAAUGGGACCCUGGUUACUACCGUCGAUGGGGUGGUAUACAAGCAGCCAUUGAAUGAGGCGUAA